CGGAGACCGACAGCUCCAACAGCUCCAACAGCUCCGGGGACUGACUCACUGUGCUGCCCGGACCCUUCCUCCCUAUCUUUGACCGUGGGACACAUGAGGUUUGCCGGUGAUCGGUGCGUUAUGGAGGCAGAGGGGCAACAACUUUCCAAGGAAGGUUGGUAAAAGUAUAUCCAAACGGUUUGGUGGCGGCGCAGUAGCCAAUGAACAUAAAUGUGACGCAACAGGGCCCCGUUGAUAAGGAGCAGAGAGUCCAACCGGGACUUGAGAAGGAGGAACGCUUGUGGGGGGCCAGCAAAUACUCGCCUAUCAUCAGUCAACGUAAAGCCAACUCCGCCUCUUCUGCCGUUACGCACAUGUAUACAGCCUUCCUGGCCACCGACUAAACAUUCACCAAACAGACUACUGUGCAGGGAAAGCGCUUCUCCAUGACGCCCGGUCGGAUUCUAUAAAGCAAUUCAUUCUGCAAAGUAAAAGUAGUUUCAGCAUCAGAACUCCGCUGCGGCAGCAUCAACUUGGACCGCUGAGCCGUGAGGAGGGGAGGAUCACUGACAGCUUUCUGGGACAUAUCUUUUUUGUUCGUUCUUACUGUGUGAUGCGUUAGAAAGCUGCUGUCGGCUUUGGCAGUGCCAGUUGUACCGAGUUACGUAUCAUUCAGCAGUAAAAAAGAAGACAUUGGCCAAUGCCUCGCAGACUGACAAAAACCUGAAAUAUUACUCCCGGCGAGAAGGAGGCAUCGGUGAAUCCAUGCAGCGCGGCUUCCAUAGUUGGUAUGUUUAUUCAUCGUAAAUUGAAAGGACAAUAUACAAAAACCAAUUGGUGGUGAGAAAGAAAUAACAUCAUACCUGAGGGAAUAUUGAUUCCACAAUCAGUCAGAGAAACGAAAUCUCUGCCCUUAUUUCUGAAUUAAUCAGCGUGUUAAUACUGAGAGCUGCAGAGAUUCGGAUGACGGUUUCCAUUGGCAGAUGAGACGUAGUGUGGAGAACACGUGUCCAAUUUUUUCCUCAUAUUUUUCCUCCCUAGUCUGGAUUUGCACUUGUCACGGCAAGAAAGGAACACCUUUUAAAAACAACAAGAAUUGAGUGGCGUAAUUGCGCAUAUUUUUGCCUCUGAUGGACAUCUUGGGUUGCAGAUCCGAAGAGAACAGUUAUAAUAUCCUCUCCUCUGCGGCAACGAUGCUUUUCCAUGGCCUCCCUGGAGGCGACGUGCACGGCGUGGUGGAGGAAAUGGACCGGAGAGGAAAGAGCGAGUCAGCGGCCAUCAGUUCGAGCAUCGAUAUGGGGGAAACAGAGACGUCCGUGCCGUGUAUGAGCAGCGAGCGCGUGGCUCUGUGCGCGGGCUGUGGGAGGAAGAUCUCGGACCGCUACUACCUGCUGGCCGUGGACAAACAGUGGCACAUGCGCUGCCUCAAGUGCUGCGAGUGUAAACUCAACCUGGAGUCCGAGCUCACUUGCUUCAGCAAGGACGGCAGCAUCUACUGCAAGGAGGACUACUACAGAAGAUUUUCGGUGCAGAGAUGCGCUCGGUGCCACCUGGGAAUCUCAGCCUCGGAGAUGGUGAUGCGGGCCCGGGACCUGGUGUACCACCUCAACUGUUUCACGUGCACCUCGUGCAGCAAGAUGCUCACCACCGGGGACCACUUUGGCAUGAAGGACAGUCUGGUGUACUGUCGACUGCACUUUGAGACUCUCAUUCAGGGAGAAUAUCAGACACAUUUUAACCACGCGGAUGUGGUCCCGCACAAAGGCCUGGGCCCGGCCAACACGCUCGGACUAUCCUACUUCAACGGCGUGGGGACGGUGCAGAAAGGCCGGCCCAGGAAGAGGAAAAGCCCCGGGCCGGGCGCAGAGCUGGCCGCUUAUAACGCAGCGCUGAGCUGCAACGAGAAUGACGGGGAGUCCAUGGACCGGGACUCACAGUACAGCUCCAGUCAGAAGACCAAGCGCAUGCGGACGUCCUUCAAGCACCACCAGCUGAGGACCAUGAAGUCCUACUUUGCCAUUAACCACAACCCAGACGCCAAGGACCUCAAGCAGCUCGCCCAGAAGACCGGCCUCACCAAGCGGGUCUUACAGGUAUGGUUCCAAAAUGCUCGGGCCAAAUUCAGGAGGAACCUGCUGCGGCAGGAGAGCACCGGGGCGGACAAGGCGUCGGACGGCUCAACGCUGCAGGGCGGGACGCCUUCGGGCCCGGCCUCCGAGAUCUCCAACGCUUCCAUGAGCCCCUCCAGCACCCCCACCACCCUGACAGACUUGACCAACCCCACCAUGCCCACUGUCACCUCCGUGCUCACCUCGGUGCCGGGCGGCAUGGAUGUCCACGAGUGCCGGAGCCCGUCACAGACCACGCUGACCAGCCUCUUCUGAUGGCCGCCCUGCCCCUCACUGCCCUCCCCUGCCCUCCCGCCCCCUCUCCGUCACCUCCUCUACACCAUGUUGGAUCUAAAACUGUUUCCUCCUUUGAAUAGAAAAGAGAAGGUUAAGAAAAGAUAUCAUUUGGCUGUGAGCGCCUCAGAGACUAUCGACGUAGCGAGGCGGCCGGAGCUUAAAGUCGGAGCAGUUGACGUUAUUUUGAUGUUGUUGUCUUGUUGAGAACUGAGGAGGCUUGAUUUGCAUUUUUCAAUGUUUACAGAAAGAAAGAGGCUGCGGGAAAAAAGAAACUGCUUAAUUUUUAACUCAUUCAUUUUUCCAGCACAGUAUUUAUGUUGUUGUACGAGAGUCACUGUUAGAAGGAUUGUAACAAACCUUUUUUGAAAAAUGUGAGAUUAAACACAGGUUACAAUAUCCUCCCUGAGUGCAAUGUGCCAUACAGUCCUUUCUCUCUAAUCUUUCUCAGACAACGAUGAUGGCGUUGGGAGAGUGUAUGCUUGUGUGCGUGUGUGUCUGUGUUUUGUUUA